AUGGGUCGUGAAUUACAGAAAAGAAAGAAUCGCACAAAGGUGCCAAAGCUCACCAAGAAGCGCAAGAUGGUGCGCAAUGGUCAUAAGAAAAUCGACCUUGGAAAUACUCUGAUCGCAGACAACUGGAACAAGGACGAGACAUUAAUACAGAAUUAUCGCCGCCUAGGCCUGACGACUCGACUGAAUGCUCCUACCGGAGGCGUCGAAAGGCCCAAAGGCGUUGACGCCGCCACAGCAGACAAACUACUGUCCGACUCCUUACACAUUGUCAGCAAAAACCACCCCGAGAGUACCACCGAGGUCGAAACCGAGGAAGUCAGCGUAGAACGCGAUCCAGAAACGGGCAGGAUCUUGCGUGUUAUCACGAAUCACGACGAAGACGGCGAUGAGAUUGAAGUGGCUGGUCGCAAAGUCAAACGCUCUAAUCCUCUUUCUGACCCGAUUAACGAUAUUGAAAAUGGUGUUAUAUGUCUGCACAAAAGGCAAAAACAUACAACGGAGCCAUCAUCUUCCUCGGACUUUGUGCGCCAGUUGGAGUUGCGUGCUUUGCAGGAAGAGGAAGCUGUGAAGAAGCGCCGACCUAGACAGCAAAGCAAAAGAGAGGAAGAAUGGAUAGAGAAGUUGGUCGCUCGUCAUGGAGAUAAUAUUAUGGCUAUGGUUCGUGAUAAGAAACUCAAUCCCAUGCAGCAAACUGAGGGUGAUAUUCGGAAAAGAGUUCGGGUCUGGAAGGAAAGAAAAUCGGCAUAG